UUGGGUUUUUUUAUGUUACGAGGACAACUUGAGUAAUAUACUUAUUUAGACUGAAGCGAGAGCUGGAGGGAGAGUGCAUGUGAUGAGCAGUAUGUCCCACUGAUUCUGAUUACACUCAAGGCUGGGAGUUGAGCUCUGCAUUAUGCAGUGGUUAGGGAUUAGGCUUUUACAGAUGCAAAUAAGUUGGAUUGCCCAAGAAAAUCUUCAUUUGUAGUUUGUCCACUCUGAAUGCUUCAAAUCACAGACAAACUGGUUUCUCUGCCUUCCCUGCUGCUCCGUUCAUCUCAUUCCAACGCAGCACUGAUGCAUAUGACAGCAAUGAUGGAGACUGGUUAACCAUGGUUGUAACCUCUCACCUUGAAAAUGCCUAGCAUACUGCAUAUCUAUUUCUGCAGUUUUCACCUGUAAUGCUUUGUGCUCGUGUGUGUGUGUGUGUGCGUGCCCGUGUGUGUAAAUGUAAAUGAGAGGGACUCUCAGUUUGAGUGCCUUAAUUCCAUCUCUGCUAACACGAUGCUACUUGCACGCGCCUAAUCCGACCAGCCUGUUAAAAGGUGCUGCACCUCCUCAGCGGGUUGCAGAGAACAUCUUACUCACACCGGAUCCAUCCCUCCAUCCACCCUUUGUCCCUCAUUUCCACUUUAGCUGCACCGCAAGACUCUCUCCUAGCACUUUACACCAAGAAGAGAGACUGUUUUAUCCACUGUCGAGGUCUCAGAGGAAGAAAAGACAUCAGCAACUGCAGCUAUGAAUGGCACAGAAGGACCCAACUUUUAUGUCCCCAUGUCUAACAAGACUGGGGUGGUGCGCAGCCCAUUUGAGUUCCCUCAGUACUACCUGGCUGAGCCCUGGAAGUACUCUCUUCUGGCUGCUUACAUGUUCUUCCUCAUCAUCACUGCCUUCCCCAUCAACUUUCUCACCCUCUAUGUCACUGUCCAGCACAAAAAGCUGAGGACCCCACUGAACUACGUCCUGCUCAACCUGGCUGUGGCUGACCUCUUUAUGGUGGUCGGGGGCUUCACAGUUACUCUCUACACAGCCCUGCAUGGAUAUUUCACCUUAGGGGUCAUUGGCUGCAAUAUUGAAGGAUUCUUUGCCACCUUAGGAGGAGAGAUUGGUCUCUGGUCUCUGGUGGUUUUGGCUAUUGAGCGCUUUAUUGUGGUGUGUAAACCAAUGACCAACUUCCGCUUUGGGGAAAAACAUGCCAUCGGUGGCCUGGCGUUUACAUGGGUCAUGGCCCUGACCUGUGCAGCUCCUCCUCUGUUAGGAUGGUCCAGGUACAUCCCAGAGGGAAUGCAGUGUUCCUGUGGGAUUGACUACUACACUCCAAAGCCUGAGAUCAACAACACCUCAUUCGUCAUCUAUAUGUUUGUCCUCCAUUUCUGUAUCCCCCUCUUCAUCAUUUUCUUCUGCUACAGUCGCCUGCUCUGCACAGUGCGAGCGGCUGCAGCCCAGCAGCAGGAGUCUGAAACCACCCAGAGAGCCGAGAGAGAGGUGACACGCAUGGUUAUUGUCAUGGUGAUCUCCUUCCUGGUGUGCUGGGUUCCCUAUGCCAGUGUGGCGUGGUACAUCUUCGCCAAUCAGGGAAUAGAGUUUGGGCCAGUAUUCAUGACUGCGCCGGCCUUCUUUGCCAAGAGCGCUGCUCUGUACAACCCAGUCAUCUACAUUCUGCUAAACAAACAAUUCAGAAACUGCAUGAUCACCACAGUGUGCUGUGGGAAGAACCCGUUUGGAGACGACGAAGCUGCCGCCACUGUCUCCAAAACCCAGACUUCAUCUGUCUCCUCCACCCAGGUGGCCCCCGCUUGACCUGUGCCCCCACACUCCCCCUCUAUGUCCCAUCUGUCCCUGCUCACCUGGGGACCCACCACCGCCAAGCAGCACUACGUUCUAUUGGCCAAUCCUCCUGACUUACCUCUCCAUUUGUCUUCACUGCAGUGCCACUUCUGCACCUUUGGUGGGACCGACUUACUCAAGAGCCAGCAUGUAUGUUUUCAAUCCAUUUAAUCAUGGAGAGUGUUCAGCUGGUCUCACAGAUUUUAACCCGGCAUCAAGGGGUUGUCAUCUUGGUGAUUAUCCAACUAAACACUAUCCAACUUCCCCACUACUCAAAACACACAAAAUGUAAUUCAGCAAACCUCUUUGUAAGAUUGUAAGAUUUUAUCUACAUUAACUCUUAAGUACUUGUUGCAGCUAUAUGUCUCCUAAAAAAAAAAAAAAAAAAAGCGCUUUAAACAAUCAAUUU